AUGUUUCAGACGAAUUAUUACCAACAGCAGCCCCAGCAGGCCUUCAACGCACCACCGCCUAUGUACCAUCAGCAAGGUAAUUACUUAUCCGCCAACGAGAAGCUGAACCAGAAUUAUUAUUACGAUCGCCCCCCAGCCCCUGAACCUGGUAAGGAAACCUUUGAUGAAACAUUUAAAGUCGAGAAGCCGAAGUUCCACGACGUUCCAUUCACCAUUCUGUUUCUGGCUACAGUUGCUGGGUUCUUUGUUGUUGCGGGUAUCACCUUGAGAAAUUACGCCACCUCGUAUUCGUAUGAGGGUUCCUCUAUCUAUGAUUCUGACAAUUCCUUCUCCUUGAACACCAACACCAUAAUUUUAUUUGCAUUUGUUAUUGUGGUUGCCUUGGUUCUUUCCUUGGCUACCAUCGCCGUUGCUCGUAUAUUCCCAAGGAACUUCAUUACAACUUCGUUGAUAUUGAAUGUCAUCCUAGGCUUGGGAACGUCGAUUGCUUACCUUGCAAAGGGCUACUACUCGGCAGGUAUCGUUUUUCUUAUCUUUGCCGCACUCACAGCAUUUUCGUACUGGACAAUGAGAUCCAGAAUUCCGUUUAGCGCGACCGUUCUUACAAUUAUUAUCGAUGUGAUGAAACAGUAUCCUAGUACAUGGAUCAUUACCGCAAUUGGGUUCCUCGGAAUAGGUGCUUUUUCAGCGCUCUUCUCUGCCACUGUGGUCGCCUCCUACAUGAAAUGGGGCGACGAGACCUCGGAGAGCUAUAAUCAUGCCAGACUGGUUGGACUGCUUGUUUUUGUCUUCUUUGCCGGAUAUUACAUCAGUGAAGUGAUGAAGAAUGUCAUACAUGUCACUGUGAGUGGAAUUUUUGGUACCUGGUACUAUCUUUCGAAGUCCGCCGCCGGUAUGCCAAAAUUCCAGGCUCUGGGUGCUCUGAAAAGGGCCCUGACCUAUUCAUUUGGGUCUAUUUGUUUCGGUUCGCUGAUUGUCACAUUUAUCCAGCUUUUGCGUCAAGGAGUCCAAAUUGCCCGACAAAAUGCUCUGAACAACGGGGAGGGAAUUCAAGCUUGCUUGUUGCUUUGCACUGAAUGCUUCAUUUACGUGAUCGAGUGGUUGGUGAGAUACUUCAAUCACUAUGCGUAUUCAUAUGUGGCCUUCUAUGGCAAGAGCUACCUGAAGUCUGCCAGAGACACCCAUUACAUUUUCAGCUACAAGGGAAUGGAUGCCUUGGUCAAUGAUUGUCUAAUCGGAACAGCCUUGGGAAUGUACUGCACCUUUGUUGGGUACGUGUGUGCCUUGCUGGCUUAUCUGUAUCUGAGAUUCACUAAACCGGGCUACAACGCCCAAGGCACGUAUUAUGCUCCAGUGGUUGCAUUCACGUUUUUGAUUUCCUUGCAAAUAUGCAAUAUUAUCAGUUCGGUCAUUAGAUCAGGAACGGCAACAUUUUUUUUGGCGCUCGCUAAGGACCCGGAGGUUUACCAAGUAAGCUAUCCCGAUAGGUUCAACGAAGUGUUCAGAGAUUACCCCGAGGUGCUGGAUAAGAUCCGCACGCGCGAUUACUGA